UGUCUUUUUUUUUUUUUUAAAGCAGGCACCACACCCAAGGUGGAGCUUGAACUCAUGACCCUGAGAUCAAGAGUUAUAUGCUCUACCAAGUGAGGCAGCCACCCCAGGCAUUUAAUUUUCUUGACAGUGUUCUUUGAGGCACAAACUUUUUAAAUUUCGAUGAAGUCCAAUUCAUCCUAUUUUUCUUUUGUUGCUUGUGCUUUUUGGCUUCAAAUGUAAAAAAUCUUAUCUAGUGCCACGAUUCAGUUAUAGAAAUUUUUAUCACUCUCACAAAGUCCCUAUACUUUGUUUACAAUGAAUUCCCAAAUUCACCCUAGGCCACUGAUAUGUUUUAGUUUUUCUAAAUUUGCCUUUUAUGGACAUUUCAUACAAAUGGAAUCAUCAAAUAUGUGGUCUUUUGGUCUGGUUUCUUUGACUUAGAAUAUUUUUGAGGUUCAUCCAUGUUGAUGCAUGUAUCAGUUUUUGCCCCUUUUUAUUGCUGAGUCAUAUUCCAUUGUAUGGCUAUGAUCAGCCAAUGGACAUUUGGAUUGUUUUUAGUUUUAUUUAGCUAUUAUGAAUAUUUUUGUAGCUGCUUUGAGUAUUUGCAUACCAGUCUUGGUGUAGACAUAAGUUGUUGGGGUUUUUUUUUUUUUGAGAGAUAGAGGGCGCAAGUGAGCAAGGGGCAGAGAGAGAGAGAGAGACAGAGACAGAGAGAGAGAGGAAGGCAGGGAGGGAGGGAGGGAGAGAGAGAGAGAGAGAGAGAAAUUGAGCUAACCCGAAGUGGGGCUCAAGCUUACCAGAUGCAGGACUCAAACUCACAAAGUGAGAUCAUGACCUGAGCCAAAGUCAGAUGCUUAACUGACUGAGCCACCCAGGAGCCCUUGUUUUUCUUUCUUGAGAGGAUUCCUUGGAGUGGAAUUGCUAUAUGAUUUACUUUUUUAGAAAUUGCCAAACUGUUUUCUAAGGUAUCUAUAAUGUUUUAUAUUCCCACUAAGUAUGAAGGUUUUAGUUUCUCCACAUCCUCACCAACAUUUGGUAUUAUCUGUUUUGUUUUGUUUUGCUGGUGGUGUUUUGUUUUGUUUUGUUUUGUUUUUUAAGUAGGUUCCACACCCAAUGUGGGGCUGGAACUAAGAACUUGAGAUCAAGAGUUGCAUGCUGUACUGACUCUGCCAGCCAGGCACUUUUGGUAUUCUCUGUUUUUGUUUUUUUGUUUUGUUUUAUUUAUUUAUUUAUUUUUUUUGGUAACAGUUUAUUUUAUUUUUGAGAGAGAUAGAGUGUGAGCGAGAGAAGGGCAGAGAGAGACACAGAGAAUCUGAAGCCAGCUCCAGGCUCUGAGCUGUCAGCACAGAGCCAGAUGCAGGACUCGAACCCACGAACCGCGAGAUCAUGACCUGAGUGCCCCUGUGUUUUAUUAUUGUAACUAUGAGUGUGUGUGUAUAAUGGUGUCUCAGGAUUUUAAUUUGCAUUUCCUUGAUAGCUAAUGAUGUUGGUCAUCUUUUUACGUGCUGCUUAGCCAUUCAUGGUUUUGUUUUUUUUUUUUUUUUUUUUUUUUUUUGGUAAAAUGUCUAUUCAUAUUUUUCUGUCUUAAAAUGGUUUAAAUUAUUUUUAUUUUUGAGCUUUGAGAGUUAUGUAUUGUGGAUAGAGAUCUGUUAUGUGUAUGCUCUGCAAAUUUCUCCACUUUAUGAUUUUUCUUUGAAUUUUCUCGAUGGUGCCUUUUUGUAGCACAAGUUUUGUUUUUGUUUUUAAGUUUAUUUCUUUUGAGAAAGAGGUGCGUGGGCUGGGAGGGGCAGAGAGAGAGAGAAUCCAAAGCAGGCUCUGCACCAGUAGCCCAGAGCCCUACCCAGGGCUCCACUUCACCAACCUGAGAUCAUGACCUGAGCUGAAACUGAGUCUGAUGUUUAACCACUGAGACACCCAGGCGCCCCAGAGGUGUUUGUUUUUGUUUUGCCCUCAGAGUUUUUAAUGUUAAUAAAGUUCAACUUAUCCAUAUUGAGUUGAUUUUAUCUCUGGUAAGGGUCACAGUUUUGUUUUUAUAUAUGGAUAUCCAAGUUUCCUGGGUCCAUUUGUUGAAAGAUUCAGAGGUACCUUUGAGCAGUGUGUCCUGCUCAAGCCUAGGGCUUCCGUGGCCAGCAGUCAGACUGCACGAGGUUGAGCAGAAUGUGGUAGCGUGUUAGUGCUCUGUGGUGAGCAAAGAAAGGAAGGGUUGUUGACCAAAAGCCUUGGUCUCCUUUCAGUUGCUUUUGGAAAUAACUUUGCGCCAUGGCUGGGAUUUUUGUGGCUACUUUCGGCCGUACUACGCUUCCCAGCAUGCACUGCUUGGGCCUCCCUUGUGCGGGGCGGCGCCAAGCCAGACCGACCUAGGAGUUUGGCUGCGAGGGAAGGGCUGAGCCACGGGUUUUGGUACCGAGAUCGAUUUCUCAGGGUUUUGGCCUUCCUGAGAGACUAGCAAGCUGAACCUUAAGAAGUACUACCUCUCCACUCAGACACACUCCCAUCCUCUGACCCGCCUUAGCCUCCCUCUUGGUUUGGGCCCUGACUCGUUUCUUCUUCGAGUUUCCCGCGGGGACUAACCCUUGAAGACGACCAACCGCAGCCGAGAUUUUGACGGCCUGGCCAACCAGAGACAAGGUGGAAGAGGCGGGGGUGGGAGCUGGCACAGCGUCCGGGAGAGAGUUUUUCCGUUUCCAUUUUUCGUGUAGGGGGUGAGCCGCCCCUCCUGGGGCCCUAAGGGGAGCAAGGGAGUCACGGGGGGAUGCAGAAGCGCACGGACCCUUCCCCGCUCGGGUGGGGGCCUCGGCGAGGCCGGGCUUACCUUCCAGCAGCACCCUCCAGGGGUCUGGGCCCAGCCUCUGCAACCUUGUCGCACCAGACCCCUCUGGGCUCCUCAGGACUACACGCCAGCUGCCUAGACCUGUGGAGGGAAAAGAAUGACCAGCUAGUUCGACAGGCCAAGGUGGCUCAGGACUCGCGUCAGUUUCUGAGAGGACAGCAGCUGGCCCAAGAUGUGCUGGAAGGAUUCAGGGGACUCCUGCAUAGCCUGCAGGGUCUCCCUGCAGCUGUUCCUGUUCUCCCCUUGGAAUUGACUGUUACCUGCAAUUUCAUUACCAUGAAGGCAAGCCUGGCCCAGGGUUUCACUGAAGACCAAGCACAGGAUAUCCAACAGAGCCUGGAGAGAGUGCUGGAGACCCAGGAGCAGCUUGGGCCCAGACUGGAAUGUGGGCUCAGGGGGCUGUGGGACUCUGUUCUCCAUUAUUCCUCUGUUCUGCUGGAGCUACUCCCUGCCCUUCACCACCUGGCUGGCCUGCAGGCUGCCCUGUGGCUAAGUACUGACUGUCUUGGGGACCUGACCUUGCUGCUGCAGACCUUGAAUGGUAACCAGAGUGAGGCCUCUGAGGAUCUGCUGCACCUUCUGAAAACUUGGAGCCCCCCAGCUGAGGAGUCAGAUGCUCCAUUGACCUUGCAGGAUGCCCGGGGCUUAAGGGAUGUCCUUCUUACAGCUUCUGCCUAUCGCCAAGGCCUCCAGGAGUUGAUCACAGGAAGCCUGCCCAAGGCAUUGAGCAGCCUGCAAGAAGCAGCCUCAGGUCUGUGUCCACGGCCUGUGUUGGUCCAGGUGUACACAGUCUUGGGGACCUGUCUUCGUAAAAUGGGCAAUCCACAAAGAGCUCUGCUGUACUUGGUUGCGGCCCUGAAAGGGGGAUCACCCUGGGGUCCUCCGCUUCUGGAGGCUUCCAGGCUAUAUCAGCAACUGGGGAACACAGCAGCAGAGCUGGAGAGUCUGGAGCUGUUGGUUGACGCCUUGAGUGUCACUCACAGUCCUGAAGCCCCCCAGCUUCUUAUUGAAGUAGAGUUACUACUUCCCCAACCUAACCCAGCCUCACCCCUUCACUGUGGCACACAGAGCCAGGCCAAGUACCUGCUAGCAAGCCGAUGCCUACAGAUAGGAAGGGCAGAGGACGCUGCAGAGCAUUACUUGGACCUGCUGGCUCUGUUGCUGGAUGACUCUGAGCCAAAGUUCUCCCCACCCCCAUCCCGUCCAGGGCCCUGCAUGCCUGAGGUGUUCUUGGAGGCAGCAGCAGCACUGAUCCAGGCAGGCCGAGCACAGGAUGCCUUGACCGUAUGUGAGGAGCUGCUCAGCCGCAUGUCAUCUCUGCUUCCCAAGAUGCCCCAGCUGUGGGAAGAUGCCAGAAAAGGAACCAAGGAGUCACCACACUGUCUAUCCUGGGUCUCUGCCACCUACCUGCUUCAGGGUCGAGCCUGGGUGCAGCUGGGGGCCCAAAAAGAAGCAAUUAGUGAAUUUAGCCGGUGCCUUGAGCUGCUCUUCCAAGCCACACCUAAGGACAAAGAACAAGGUCCUGCUUCCAGCUGUGAGCAGGGGUGUAUGUCAGAUGUGGCACUGCAACAGCUUCGGGUAGCCGCCCUGAUUAGUCGUGGACUGCAAUGGGUGGCCAGUGACCAAGAUACUAAAGCCCUACAGGACUUCCUCCUCAGUGUGCAGAUGUGCCCAGGUAAUCGAGAUGCUUCCUUUCACCUGCUUCAGACUCUGAGGAGGAUGGAUCGGAGGGAUGAGGCCAUUGCUCUCUGGUGGAGCCUGGAGGCCCAAGCUAAGUUGCCACAGGAGAAUGCUGCAUGGUCUCUCCCCCUGUACCUAGAAACCUAUUUGAGUUGGAUUCGUUCCCCUGACCGUGAAACCCUUCUUGAGGAGUUUCAGACAUCUCUGCUGGAACCUUGUGACCUGUAGCUGCCAUGUUUUUAAAAGCCUGAACUGCGGCCCAUUUCUCCAUGGGGAGGGCUUUCUGCUUUACCAGUUUUGGGGAAUAUGGGUGAAACUAAUCAUUCCUAUAUAAAUCUGGCACUGAAGAGGUUGGUAGUAGUCUCGCUAAAUUUGGCCUAGUUACUGCCAUUCUGGUUCCAGAAGAAACCCUCCUUGCCACCAAAAAGGCAAUGACUUUGCUUAUGAUGCCUUUUUUCCUGUUUCUCCUUUUCUUGUGUUGAGUAAAAUCUCAUAUUUA